CAGUAACAGAGAAUCGACGCAUCGUCCCAGACCAUACUCAAGAUGGCGACAAAAAGUUCGUGUGUUGUCGACGAGUCAUACCAGCUAUGUCACAUGCCAGAUGCUGUACUGGGAACGUCACCGAUGGAAGACAACGACAACAACGCACUUGUAACUGUACAGUCCACGGCAAUCCAUAUCUACCAUUUGGUGCUAUGUAUACUGUUUGUUUUGAGUACGCUCCCGGGUACAGAUGGCUUCUAUGUGCCCGGUUUAGCCCCGCAGGAGUGGAAGGAAGGAGACACAAUCCCGCUCAAGGCCGUUAAAAUGACGUCCGUAAAGACACAAUUGCCCUAUCCAUAUUACUCGUUGCCCUUCUGCGAUCCAGAGACUAAAAAG